AUGGUCAAAGAUGACAUGCGCGGUCUCACCCAAUACAUCGCCGACUUGCGUGCGUGUAGGGUCAGGGAGCUGGAGGAGAAGAGGAUCAACAAGGAGAUGGCGCAUAUCAGGCAGAAGUUCAAGGACGGGAACUUGGAUGGCAGGCAGAAGAAGAAGUACAUCUCCAAGAUCAUCUUCACCGCGAUCCUCGGCUACCCCGUCGACAUCGGACACAUGGAAGCCGUGAACUUGAUUUCGAGCCAGAAGUAUUCGGAGAAACAGAUCGGCUACCUAGCGCUUACGCUCCUCAUGCAUGAGAAUUCGGAUAUCGUGCGGUUGGUGGUCAACUCGAUUCGAAAGGACGUGGACGAGAUGAACGAGACGACGAACUGUCUCGCUUUGCAUGCGAUUGCGAAUGUGGGAGGGGCGGAGAUGGCAGAAGCGUUGGCGCCGGAUGUGCACCGAUUGUUGAUCAGUCCCACCUCGAAGUCGUUCGUCAAGAAGAAGGCCGCCCUCACGCUCCUUCGUCUUUACCGCAAGCACCCGGACGUCAUCCCCGCUGCCGACUGGGCCCUGCGAAUCGUCUCGAUCCUCGACGACCAGAACCUGGGCGUCGUCGUCGCCGUCGCGAGUCUCGUCCUCGCACUCGCGCAGGACAACCUCGAAGCGUACGCGAUCUGCUACCAAAAGGCCGUUAACCGGUUAAGCAAGAUUGUCUUGCACCACGAAUACUCGUCCGAUUACCUCUACUACAAAAUCCCGAUCCCAUGGCUGCAGGUCAAGCUUCUCCGGUUGCUGCAGUACUACCCGCCCUCUGAGGACCCGACUCUCCGCCUCGUCCUUCACAACGUCCUCGAGCGCGUCCUCAAGAACUCGGGCGAGCAGCACCGCAACGUCCAACAAAACAACGCGCAGAACGCCGUUCUGUUCGAAGCAAUCAAUCUCGCAAUCCACCUCGACACCGAGUCGGUCGUGGUCCAGCAAGCAGCGCACCUGCUCGGUCGAUUCAUCACCUCGAAGGAGACGAACGUCCGCUACCUCGGUCUCGAUACGAUGGCCCACCUCGCAGCAAGAAGCGACAACCUCGAGGCGAUCAAGAAGCACCAGGCAACAAUCACGCAGUCGUUGCGCGACAAGGACAUCUCGGUCCGACGGCGCGGUCUCGACCUGCUGUACUCGAUGUGCGACACGUCCAACGCCAAGGCCAUCGUAGGCGAGUUGCUCAAGUACCUCGCUGUCGCCGACUACACGCUUCGCGAGGAGAUGGUCCUCAAAAUCGCCAUUCUUACCGAGAAAUUCGCGACCGACUACGAGUGGUAUGUCGACACGGUGUUGGCGUUGAUGAGCACGGCGGGAGACCACGUCGGCGAGGAGGUCUGGUACCGGAUCGUCCAGAUCGUCACCAACACCGAGGAGCUGCAGGAGUACGCCGCCCGCAAGGUCUUCGAGGUCCUCCUCAAGCUGUCUGUCCACGAGAACCUCAUCAAGGUUGGCGCCUACGUUCUCGGCGAGUACGGGCACCUCAUCGCGGAUGAGCCGGGCCGGAGUCCGAUUGAGCAGUUCCAGAUCAUCCACUCGCGCCAGAAUCUCUGCUCGAACACGACCAAAGCACUCCUCCUCACGACCUACUUCAAGUGGCUCAACCUCUUCCCCGAGAUUCACGAGCAGCUCGUCGGCGUCUUCGAGAAGUACUCGCACGUCCUCGACGCCGAGCUACAGCAGCGCGCGUGCGAGUACCUUGCGAUUGCGCGCAUGCCGAAUGAGGACUUGCUGCAGGUCGUCGUCGACGAGAUGCCGCCUUACCCAGAGCGCGAGAGUGCCCUUCUGAGCCGGCUCAUCAAGAAGACGGGCGACACGCACGACAAGCGGACGUGGUACAUCGGCGGGAAGGAGGUCAACCAAGGUCAGGACGAGGCGCGCUACCAGAGCUUUGGGCGGCGGAAAGGGCGAGACGGAGGUGUCUUGGCCGGCGGAGCAAUGCACGAGGCGCUCACCUCCUCGGCUCACCCUACGCCUGGGAGCGUCGCCGACGACCUCCUUGGCCUCGAUCUGUCCGGCAACGGCUCUCAGCCACCUACUCCUGCCGAUGUCGCCUCGCCUACUUCGCCGACAACUCCGACCGCCGCAGCCGCCUCUUCUCCCGUUACCGCGACCAAGCCCCUCCUUCCCGCUUCAUCGUCGACGCCCACGCCUCGCAAACAGGUCACUCACGGUGCAGACCGUUGGCUCUCGCGGCUCGUCUACAACACCGAGGGCGUGCUGUGGGAGGACGCGCAGCUGCAGGUCGGCGUCAAGUGCGAGUUCCACGGUCACCUCGGCCGAAUCGCGCUCUACUUCGGCAACAAGAUGUCUGUCGCGCUCGAGUCGUUCACCGUCACGAUCGACGCCGACGACCCCGAUGCGCUCAAGGUUACCUUCCCCAAGAUCCCAACUCCGCAUGUUAGCGCCCUCUCGCAAGUCCAGCAGCUCAUCCACGUCGAAUGCCGCGACGUCUUCACCACCCCUCCACUUCUCAACAUCUCGUACCUCGCCGGCUCGCUCCAGACCCUUACCCUUCGCCUCCCCGUCUGGCUCACCAAGUUCGUCGAGCCCGUCAAGCUCGAAUCGGGCGCGUUCUUCGAGCGGUGGAAGCAAAUCGGUGGGCCGCCGCGCGAGGCGCAGCAGAUCUUUGGGAUUGUGUUGGACCCGUCGACGGGCAAGAUCGAUGCGGCGAAGAACAGGCGGGUUGUCGGCGGGACGAGGCUCGGCGUUCUCGACGGAAUCGACCCGAACCCGAACAACAUCGUCGCUGCCGGCGUGCUGCACAUGUCGAGCGCGGGCAAGGUCGGAUGCUUGUUGCGACUCGAGCCGAACGCGGAGGCCAAGCUCUGCCGCCUCACGGUCCGCACGACGAACGACGGCGUCUCGCAGGAGAUGCUCAAGGUUUUGCAGGGUGCUCUCGCGACCAAGUAG